AUGACGCUCCUCGUCCAGCCGCGCAGCCACGCGCUGCUGCCUCGUUUCCUUGCCUUCCCUCGCCGCCGGCGCCUCUCUUGGCGCCUUGGCCACCACAUCCUUGCGGGCAUGGCGUCCUCUUUCUCCUCCUCCUUCCCCUACGUCUCUGCGGGCGUAAGGCGAGGGCCGAGCCCCAUCGAGGCAUGCAGAUGGCUGCCGGGCCUGCUAGCGACGGCGGUUGUGCUCUCCUCCUCCUCCGGCCCCCCGGAGUCUUCGCAAUUACCGGACGAUGCCACCUUUGCCGACGUGCCUCAGACGCUCUCUGGUUAGUCUAGUCGGUCGGUCCGCACCUUUGCAAAGUGUUUCGUCGCACAUCGGGGAAUUGGGAAUUAGGGAUAUGGGGGAGUGUUUGUGACCAAGCGGAGGUCUCAGGUGGCGGAGGGGAGCGCAAGAGAAUCCAGAAGCCCAAGUCGAGGCAGGCGGAGUCGUGCACCGUCAAGUGCCUCGGAACCUGCAUCCGCGGCGGCGCCGGCUCCCCCGGCGAGGGCCCCUUCAACGUCCGGAGGUGGUAAAAAUAACAAAUUGUUGGGGUGAGGAGUAACACAAGGAGAACAGUGCAUUGACUGACUGACUCCCUCCCUGGUUGAUGAAUGCAGGCCCCUCGUGGUUUUCAAGUCGGGCUUCCGCACCCGCAACUACUGGCAAGUCCUUCCUGCUCACUCUUUCUUCCCAAACAACCCAACCCUUUCACGCCACAACGCCCUCGCCCUGCCCCCUGACAUCGGCCGACCCUGACCGUGGCAGCUUGGUGGAGUGCUCGGACAUUUGCAACCUCAUCAAGGACGGCGACGACGGGCCCUAG